AAUGCCAUAUAUAUAUAUAUAAAUAUAUACAAGCUUUUAAAAAAAAAAAACCUAUAGAAUACACAUUCAUAAGAAAAUAACAAAACAAAAUGGGUAACCACUACGAAGGCCAAACACAGUUGCCGGAUACUGAAUUGGUGGUGGUAAUGAUUCCGUUUCUUGUACACUCUCAUGUACACCAACUCUUUCACCUAUCUAAGCUUAUAUCCGCCUACAAUAUCCCGGUCCAUUUCUUAAGUACCGCUAACCAAUUGGACCAAUUCCAUUCUCGAACCGGUCCUGCGGUUUCCAAUAGUCUCAUUCACUUUAUUGAAUUACCAACUGAUCCUAAAUUCGCUAAUUGUGUAGACAUACAAGGCUUGUUAGAAACAACUCUUCAUUUACGUAACCCAGUUGCGGAUUACGUGCAGUCUCUUUCGACUCGUUCACGAAGCGUAGCAGUUGUACAUGAACAUCUAAUGUCUUAUGUUGUACAAGACGUGAAGGCAAUUUCAAAUGCCGAGACUUAUAUGUUUCAUCCACUCUCGGCUUUUGAUACUUUUUGGAGAUUUUGGGAGAUGUUCGGUAGACCGUUUGAAAUAGAUGACUCUGAAUUGCUAAACCGGCUCCCUUCUAUUCAAGGGACCUUUCCGCCCGAGUUGAUGGAUUUUGUGAAGCUUCAGUCUCGGUAUAUGGAUUUUCACGUUGGUGAGUUAUUCGGCACAUCAAGAGUUGUUGAAGGGGAAUAUGUAAAUUAUUUUGAAAGACAAGAGAUGAAUAAUAGAAAUGUUAAGAUUUGGGCAGUUGGGCCGUUUAUUGAUGUUGAUAAUGAUAAAGUAGCAUCUGUGACGAUUUCAGAAAAUCGUCACGAAUGUUUGAGGUGGCUGGACUUGCAGCCACCUAAUUCUGUCAUAUAUGUGUCCUUUGGGACCAUAAUAGCUAAUUUUAGUGACAAACAAAUUGAAGAGUUAGCUAUUGGGCUUGAAAGAAGUCAACAGAGAUUUAUUUGGGUGGUACGAUCCGGGGACAUAGUGGAUAAGCAUUCCACGAAUCCUAAUACAACGGAUUUGCCAAUAGGGUUUGAAGAACGCGUGCAAGGGCGUGGAUUGAUCGUGCGGGGAUGGGCUCCACAAAUUGAAAUUUUAGGACAUUCAGCAACAGGUGGGUUUCUGAGUCAUUGUGGAUGGAAUUCGAGUUUGGAGAGUCUAUGGAUGGGGGUGCCAAUCGCUACUUGGCCAAUGCAUUCUGAUCAACCAAAAAAUGCAUUCCUCAUCACUGAUGUUCUUAAAACUGGAUUGCCAGUGUUGGAUUGGGCACGUAGAGACGAGUUGGUGACACGUGUGGUGGUGGAAGAUGUUAUCAGGAGACUAAUGAAUUCGGCUGACGGAGAUGAGAUAAGGAAAAAGGCCGGGGAAUUAGGUGAAGCCACUCGUAAUUCAAUGGUCGACGGUGGUAUAUCUCGUAAGGAGAUUGAGUCGUUUGUUGCAUACAUGAAGAGAACCAUAUAGCAAAACAUAUAUGAAAAAUGCUUAUUAAUUAAAUUCCUGUAUUUGAUCUACUGGAAUUGAAGAUGGUUAUAUGAAUAGGUAAAGCCGCUGAAAUCAAUUAUCGUCAAAUAAAAAAGCAUUUUGUUUUUCUUGUGUUUCA